AUGAUUCUCUUCUUCCUUCUUCUCACUGGCUUCGCCGCUUCUCAGGACGUUUGCCAAGCGAAAGUGGACUCAGGAACCGCUAAGUGCUCCAAUGCGUCUUCCCUUCGAUUCUUCCACGACCACGACACGAAAAGAUGCCUAGCGUUCCAAUUCUCGGGCUGCGGAGGCAACGGGAACAACUUCGAAUCGGUGGCUCUCUGCCGGCAGAGAUGCAUUCCGAUGGAUCACAUCACUUGCCCCGCCAACACCCCGGCCACUCUCAACAACAAAGGAACGAACAACUGUGGGAAGGGUACUGGCGAGCCGGUUUGCAAGGAUUCCACCUCUUUCUGCCAUUACGGACCGAAUGCAAUAGGUCUUUGCUGCUCUAAAGAUUCUAAAGGUUUGUUACCCGGUGGACAAUGAUUCACUCCUCUUUACAUUUUAGAAAAAAGCCACCAAGAUCACUCGAAAACGUGUUCCAAUGGAGCUGAAAAGUAUCAAUUCGAAGACGGAGGCCACAAGAAAGUGCUGCUCGGAAAGUCCUGCAGCCACAAUUUCUGCCCCGCCCAGUUCAAGUGCAAAUGGGAAACUUCUAUGCGUACUGCUGCAAAAUAUAAUCGUUCAUUCUUUUGA